UAAUAGUGUCAAAGAAUAAUAUAAAAACUUGAUCUUCCUCAGUUACAUUACUUUCUUUUGUGAAUGUGAUUUCUUAAAAAAAAAAAAUGAAACAGUUGAAACUUACAGGUUUUGUUAUUUUCCUGUUCUUUGUGCCUGAAUCUCUAACACUGCCCACACAGCCUCAAGACUUAGAUGAUGUCAGUUUCACCCAGAAAUUUAUAGAAGAGAAUGUUGGAUAUAUCACUAUCAUCGUAUUUGCUCAAUAUGUUCAGGAGGCCUCCUUUGAAGAAGUAGAAAUGUUGGUAAAAGCCAUGACAGAAUAUAGAGAUAAAUGCUUGGUUGACAUGACACUCCCAGUGUGUUCAAAAUUAGCUAAUGAUGUUCUACUGGAAAAUAUAUGUGCUCUGGAGGGACUGCCACAAAAGCAUAAUUUUUCACACUGCUGCAGUAAGGUUGACUUGGAAAGAAAACUUUGCUUCUUCCAUAAUAAGAAAGCUGAUGCAGGAUUUCUGCCUCCUCUUCCUACCCUGGAUCCUGAAGAGAAAUGCCAGACUUAUAAAAGUAACAGAGAAUCCUUUCUAAACAAUUAUAUCUAUGAAGUUUCCAGAAGGAACCCCUUUGUUUUUGCCCCUACACUUCUGACUGUUGCUGCUCGUUUUGAGGAGAUGACUAAAACAUGUUGUGAAGAACAAGACAAAGCUAACUGCUUUCGAACAAAGGCAGAACUUGUCAUACAGUAUUUAAAAGCAUCAUCUUCUUUUCAAAAAAAUGUCUGUGGGGCACUUAUGAAAUUUGGACUGCAAGUCUUAGAAUCCAUAAAUGUUGCUAUACUUAGUCAAAAAUUUCCCAAGAUUGAAUUUAAGGAACUUACCUCCCUCCUAGAAGAUGUUUCUUCCAAGUACAAUGGAUGCUGUGAAGGGGAUGCUGUGCAGUGCAUCCGUGACAGGAGCAAGGUUAUGAACCAUAUUUGUUCCAAACAAGAUUCCAUCUCCAGCAAAAUCAAAGAGUGCUGUGAAAAGAAAAUGCCAGAGCGUGGCGAGUGCAUCAUUUCCUCAAAUAAAGAUGAUAGACCAAAGCACUUAGGUCUAAGAGAAGCAAAAUUUACUGAAAGCGAAAAUGUGUGUGAAGAACGAGAUGCUAAUCAAACGAUCUUCAUGGCUGAGUUCCUUUAUGAACACUCAAGGAGACAUCCAGAGCUGUCUACGCCGGAGCUUUUAAGAAUUGCCGGAGUGUAUGAGGAGCUUCUCAAAGAGUGUUGCCACACAGAAAACCCUCCCGACUGUUACCGCCAUGCGGAAUACAAAUUCAAUGAAACAACUGAGAAAAGCCUCAAGAUCGUACAGCGAGAAUGUGAACAUUUCCAGAAUUUGGGGAAAGAUGACCUGAAAUACUACUACAUUGUCAAGCUCACAAAGAUAGCCCCCCAGCUCUCCACUGAGGAACUGACCUUUCUUGGCAAAGAAAUGGUGACGGCUUUGACCACCUGCUGCACAUUGAGUGAAGAGUUUGCCUGCGUUGAUAAUUUGGUGGAUUUAGUUCUUGGAGAGUUAUGUGGAAUAAAUGAAAAUCGGAGCGUCAAUCCUGAUGUGGACCACUGUUGUAAAACCAGCUUUGCCUUCAGAAGGCCCUGCUUUGAGGGACUGGAAGCUGAUAAAACAUAUGUGCCUCCAUCUACGUCUCAAGAUUUAUUUACCUUUCACACAGACUUAUGUCAGGCUCAUAAUGAGGAGCUCCAAAGAAAGAAAGACGGGUUUCUCGUCAAUCUGGUGAAGCGAAAGCCUGAACUUACAGAUGACGUGCUGCGGUCAUUGCUUACAGAUUUCACUAACGUGGUGGUGAGGUGCUGCAAAGCCGAGGGGCCUGAAGCCUGCUUUAACGAAGAGGGCCCCAAGGUGGUAGCCAAAAGCCAGGCUGCUUGAGAAGUACAAAGUAAAACCCACCAAAGGUUUUAGGGAAAAAAGAGGAACCCUGACUUACCUGCUUCCUGUCUGUCCUGCGGUGGAUUUUAUUUUCUGAGAAGAACACAGUGAGAAGAUUCUUCUGUAACCUCUAUCUGAAAUCAUGUUAUUGUAGCGAGCAAUAAACAAUGAAAUCAUAAAGUUAUUUCUCAAAGACUGAUGUAAUGUGUCAACUCCAUAACCAAAUUAAUCAAUCAAGACACAUCCAUUCCGUCAGCAUCCUCAGCCCACUGGCAAAUGUACAUGGCUCGAAGGAAGGCAGGGAACAGCAAUGGUAUGGGCAGGAUCCUCACAGACGCUGCUCUUGCUGCUACUGGAUGGAAAGGACAUGUGGAGCUGAGGGCAGGCAGCCUUCCUGCUGCUGCUGCUUCGAGCAGUGUAUGAAACGUUGGCCGAAGUACCUUCCAUGCAUUAUCUCAUGGAAUCCUAACAACUCUAUGGAAUACAUAUCAUUUUUUAAGAAGAUUUAUUUGUUUAUUUUAGAGGGAGAAUGAGAGAGCACAAGUGGGAGGGGCAGAGGGAGAGGGAGAAAGAGAAUCCUCAAGCAGACUCCCCGCUGAGCACAUAGCCCAACCCGAGGCUUGAUCUCACAAACCUGCGGUCACCACCUAAGCCAAAACCAAGAGUCAGAUGCUUAAAUAAGACACUCAGGCACCCUUGAAGUAGUUAUCAUUUUAAUUUCCACUUUGCAAACAGAGAACUUGAGUCUUGGGGAGUUAAACUAAUCUGUUCAAUGUCGUACAACUGGUAAUUGGCAGAACCAAGGUCUUUUUUUUAUUUUUUUUUUAUUUUUUUAUUUAAAAAAAUUUUUUUUUAGAACCAAGGUUUGAAUUUGAGUCCUCUAAUCCCUGAACAAUAUUCUUGACCUCUGUACGCCCUACCUCCUAGGUGUGGCCAUGUUGAAUGACUUAUAAAAUCUGUCAUUCAUAGAAAGGGAGGAGCACCCAAGGCAUCAGGGACAAUGGCUCUUUUCUCUUACUACUCCAAGCUGUAAUUGCUGCUAAUGUUGGAGAUGUAAGUGCUUGUCAGUGAUGUCUAAGGAGAGGGAGUGUGGGGAACUGGGCAGCCAGGAAAUGAAGGUUGGUCAUGGGCUCGUGGCCUGAUUAUCCCAACUGUUCUUUAAACUUUUAAAGUUUUUAGUGUUUCAACGUCUGAAAUUAAAGAUGAUGACCUUUAAGAAAUAAUACAUGAGAAUAGUCACAGAGUUCUUUUGGCAAAGCAAUUACAGCGUAGUCUUUGGGAUUUUUAUUUAUUUCAUCAACAAGUAUUUAUUAGACUCCUACUGUUUGCCAGACAUUGUGCAUACAAACGUGAGCUGAUUAGAGAUGGUUCCCGUGGCAGGGGAGAAGGAUAGUAAACAAGCAAUCACAUAGGAUGUCAUAUGGAUAGAAAAAGUCCCCUGCUGUGGCACUGCAUUGAUGGGCACUCAAUCUAAGCUGAAGGUGUAGGAGGAGAAGAAGGGGAGGGCACCCCGUUCCUACUGCCACUAACUUGCUGUACAUCCUGAGACAAUUUCCCUACAAUCCAAGACCUCCAUAUUUUUGUGUAACAUGGAAGAACAAUAUCCACAUCACAUCACAACGGCUUUAGAGAACUGUAUCAGAUUUCUAUAUAAAGUACCCAAUACAAGGGCCAGCAGACAAUAGAUGUUUAUUUCGUGAAGUUGUUUUUCCUUUUGCCAUUUUCCAAACUUCCAUUUACUAAUGAGGAGAACAGGAAGAAAGUCUUACUUAGAUAAUGGAUAAUAAGUGUAGCAAACAGAAGUGAAUCAGAGCACAGUUUGCUAAUUCAAUUUUCUACCUGCUAGUGGAUUCUGCUGUGUGUCCCAUACCGUGCUAAACACAGCAGAUGUGAAACCAGAGUCCCAGGAGCUUGUCAUCACAAGACUCUAUACUCACAGAGGAAAUUGCCAUACAACUCUCUGCUGUUGUGCCAGAGAACGUACUAAUAAAGAGCUGGUAACUGGUGUGAUGUGGGGAAAGGAGGGAGAGGAAUGGUUUAUUCAAAAGAUGUAUUUUGUCUAGAGAAGAGAGGAUUUGGAAUGAGGGCAAAUCACAUGUUCUCUGCUCAGACGGAACCCAAACCGAUGACUAGAACACACCAGUACUCAGUGCAUGAAGAAUUUUCUAGUACUAGAGGUGAUUCUAAGUGGGAUAAGCCUCAUGGUACAACAAUGAGUACCCAGACUGCAAGCAAUCCUCACCCAGGUUUUCUGUGGGAUCUGGAGAUCCAGUCCUGGUCUUUCUAAGGUUCCUUCGAACUCUUGUUUCUAUGACUCAUAUAAGAAUUAGGUUUACUGUGAAAUAAUAUUUAUUAAAAAUUGUCACUGUCUCUUGUAUGCUUUCCAUUUUUAAUCUUAAAAGUCAGUAUGACUGGGUGACAGGCACUAAGGGGCGGGGGCACUUGACGGGAUGAG